GUCUGAACAGUACAGCGCCACUUUUACGUCGGAGUAAAACUGGAACUUAAAAAAAACCACCGGAUUACCGGUCAUAGCCGGUGGAAAUGGGUUUUUGAGAGGGGAUAUCAAGAACGGGAAAAGUAUAUCUAGCGGGCUUGGAAAGAAAAGACUUCUCUUUUGCAGAGAGUGAAAAAAAAUUUAUGUCCACAUCCUCUCGGUCCCUCUUAUCUCCUUAAUCCUCUCUCAACGAGAAUUAGUGACUAAAAAACUAUCUGGGUUAUUUUGUUUUUUCCAAUUUGCUAGGUAAUUUUUGUUACAGAGAGACAAAGAGGGUGAUAUGGAGUUUGAGGAUCAGGAGGAGCAUGAGGAGGAAGAAGGGAUGGGGUUCCCGGCCAGUUACGACGCGCUGGGUAAUUCUUCCCGAGUCAAAAUGACGAGUUCAGGAGGUGAACAAGCUGGAGCGGGACUGGUUCAGUCGACGAAGCCAAGAUAUAGAGAGUGUUUGAAGAACCACGCGGUGGGGAUCGGUGGUCAUGCGGUGGAUGGGUGUGGCGAGUUCAUGGCUGCUGGAGCUGAAGGAACACUGGACGCGCUGAAAUGUGCCGCGUGUAACUGCCACAGAAACUUUCACCGCAAAGAAAUCAACGACUCAACAACACCAGGAGGAGGAGGAGGAGGAGGAGAACUUUUCUUCCACGGCCAUCCUCACCCACAUCAUCUCCAUCAACCGAUGCCGCAAUUCGCACCGUAUUACAGGACCCCAGCAGGAUACCUCCAUGUUGCUCCAGCACAACAACGGCCGCUAGCAUUGCCAUCGACGUCAGGAGGUCAGAGUAGGGAAGAUCAAGAAGAUAUGUCCAAUCCAAGUGGGGGAGGAUAUGGAGGUGGCAGCGGUACUGGAGGGUCAUCAAGAAAGAGGUUCAGAACCAAGUUCACGCAGGAGCAAAAGGACAGAAUGUUGGCACUAGCUGAGAGAUUGGGGUGGAGGAUUCAGAAAGACGAUGAAGCUGCGGUGCAGCAGUUCUGCAAUGAGACUGGAGUGAAGAGGCAUGUGCUUAAAGUUUGGAUGCAUAACAACAAGCACACUUUGGGUAAGAAACCCUAGAAACGGAAACCACUCUUCUGCAGAGUCUAGAUACGAGAUGAAGAACUGUUGACUAAGUGGGAAUUCUGGGCACUAUCAUCUCAGGAUUUUUAGGCAGUUUUUUAGGGUUUCUUUUGUUUCUGUUAGCUUUGUUUUCUCCUUUUUCUUGUCUCUUCUCGGAGGGUGGUGGUGGGGGUGGUUUUGUAUGUGGGUACCGGUGGAGUUUGGGCUGGUGGAUAUUAUGUCGGCUGGUUUUAGACUCUAAGGAAGAUCAAUGUUGAUGGCUAUUUUCAGUUUUUCAUUUCAGUGCUGCAAAAUCUUUUCUUGCGUGUGAGUUUCAGUGGUUAUUUUGCUUUGUUUUCUGCACCAAGCUAGAGAGCUCAGCAAGCAAACUGGUUACUACUACAACUUCGUACAUAGAUGGAAAUUGGUAAGUGAGCUUCUUCUUUUUUCUUUUUUUUUUUUUUUUUUCUCUAUGUUGCUUAAUGUUUCAGUCUAUUAAUCAGCUAGCUAGUACUUCAUAAUCUAAGAGAAAAAGAAAGGACAUAUGCUUGAAUCUUCUGCAGCUAGGUCUGUUCAUCUUGGAUUCUGAUCUUUGCAUUUGCAGAUAUAUUAUAUGUAAGCCAUUGAACUGAUUGAGUUCCUAGGAAAAGAAACAUUCUGAAGCUUCAGUUUAAUCUCUACUCUCUUAUCUUUCUCCU